AAUGCCGGACAACUGAGAGCUUUCUUUUGCUCUAUCCUUUAACCGAGGUUCGCCCGAGGCCAAAUCCGCUGUGAAAUAUUCAAGCCUUCCAACAGGCCCAGGCUGUGCAGUGAGUGACUCGGACCCGCAGAUAGCCCGCAGGCACCAAUCAAGCGCAGAGAGAAGAAGCAUUCAAGCAAUGAAUGGAUCACGGCCUCAUAAGCACGGUUCCCACCGCCAUUCUCUGUACAUGUACAUGGAAUCCAGCUCUCUGUCUCUCCCUGGACUCUGUUGCCGACCGAGCAACUACCAGCACACCUCACCCGUCACCGCGAGGGGCCAGCGCCUGCCUCGUUCACGGUCCUCCGGAGAACACACCAAUCCCUCCAACAUCCUGUUUCCCUCCUCUAAGGCACGUCCAACCUGUCUGGUUUUCUCAGGAACAAAAUCAAAAGGAACUCGGAGGGGGAAAAUAUUCGUCACCGGCCAACCCUUUUACCUCCGGACUGUAAGCCUAUACACUUUAAUAUAAGCAACAACUGCAGUGUGUGUAUUGUUGUUUGCCGUAAGAAAAGGAACAGGCAUACCCUGAGGCAACUUUUGUAAUUAUGUCACAUCUCACGAGGUUUGAAUAGCGCGUGAUGCCCAGCAGCACUUUCCAUCGCCACUGGCGCACUAUUUUCACCGUCGCCAUCGCUCCACAAGCCACACACGGCAGUUUUUCCACAGAUUUCCACCAGUUUGCCAUGGUUUUCGGGGCCUGAGAGCGCCAGAACGUGGAUCCAACGAAAGGUGUACAUGCCGACCGUAUCUCCCUUAACGAUGUCAUCUUUAUCACCGACUCCAUCGGGAUCGGGUACUCCGCCGCCGGGACAUGCACAUGGCUUGCCACGAGUGGCACCUAACAACCGCUUCAAUGCCCCUGUCCACAUUGACGUAGGGGGCCAGAUCUACACCUCGUCCUUGGAGACGUUGACCCACUUCCCAGAGUCCAAGCUUGCCAAGCUCUUCAAUGGGACCAUCCCCAUCGUCCUGGACAGCCUCAAGCAGCACUACUUCAUCGACCGGGACGGCCACCUCUUCCGGCACAUCCUCAACUUUAUGCGCACCUCUCGUCUGAUCCUACCGGACAACUUUGCCGAGUUCGAGGCACUCUACGAGGAGGCCCGCUUCUUUGAGAUAGCCGAGAUGGUGGAGGCGCUGGAGAAUUACAAGCUGUCCACCACCAAGACUCGGGAAAAGACAAUCAAGUCGGAGAACGGGCUGGGCAACGAAUGCAUUAUCGUGCACACAACCCCCGACUGCGGGGAGCGCAUCAGCCUGAGCGGGGACAAGGUCCUCAUUCACGAGAUCUUCCCGGAAGUCGGCAGCGUCAUGUGCAACUCCACCAGCGCCGGCUGGACCCAGGAGUCCAACCAUGUCAUCCGGUUCCCGCUGAACGGCUUCUGCAAGCUGAACACGGUGCAGGUGCUGCAACGCUUGCUCCACUGCAGCUUCGUCGUCAUCGCCUCCAGUGGUGGGGGAAUCGAGGGCUCCCAGUUCAGCGAGUAUGUAAUGUGCCGGAAGUAUUCCGGAUGUUAGAAGCUUAAAGAGUGUUGGGAAAGUGUCAAAGACUAUAGGCCGCAGUUGGAAUGGCUUAAGUGCUCUCAGCGGCUAGCACUUCCUUGCUUGCACUACAUUAAUUUUUCACUACUAUCCCGUUAACACUCUCCUGUUAUAUAGAGAUGUCUGCAUGUAGCCUAGGCACUUUAUGAAACAAAACUAACUUUGGUUCCAUCUUCCCAUUGUGCAGGUAAAUGGUAAUGUGGAGACAUUUUACUUUGCCAACAAAGUUGUGACAGGAGGUAGUAGAAGACAUGUUUGCGUUUCCAAAUUACAAUCAUCAAAACGACAGCGUUUGGUCAUUUAGUAAGUCCUUCGAUAUGAUAAAUUGGCGAAGCAGCAGUACGAAAGCGCAGAUCUUGGGCUUGGAAAUACCUCUGAUACAUUUGCCACUUGAUUUUCUUAACGUCUGUUGUAUUUGGAACGCGCAUGACUUUAUGUGUAAAUGAAGGUCGCCAAGGAUACAUUGUUCCAGCAACACAUGUUGCCAGAUACAAGCCAACAUUUUGAAUCUCCACCAAGCUCACCCAAUAGUAAACCUUGGUUUCCCUGGAUAUAAUUUUAUUCAAAAAUAUGCUAUUCUUUUAGCUAAAUCAGAUCCAAGUUGUAAGGCUUUUCUUAAUCUUUUGAGGCAAGACUGGAUCCACCAUGCAGUUUCACUCAUAUAAUGGACUCUCCAUGCACUUUAGUGUAUAAUUAUUCAGGUGCGAGUUUAGAACCUCCCUUAAUUGCACCUGUCUGCAAACCAAAAAAUCCCGCUUUCCCACUCACUUGAAAUGCCUGACAUUUCACCAAUUGUAUAUUGAUAUUAAUAUAUAAGCUUUAUGAAUGUACAUAAAAGUAAAUUUGACGUAGUUUCAGUUGUUUAACAUAUAUUCUGUACAGGAAGCUUUAACGAAGAAACUUCUCAUUUGCGUAUCUUGAAACUGUUGACUCCUAAUAAUGUAGUUUUAUUAUAUCCGAAAUAAGAGCGGUGUUGCUCACUACUCACUUCUCGGCCGGCUUACAAACACGAAUUGCCUUCAGUGAAUAGGCAAAAAUACAAGGCGUCAAUCAGCAACGAAAUACCAAAUUCCCAAACUUUGCUUGUUAAAAAUGAGGACGAUUCAACUGCUUGCGAGUUGCAGAUGGAAAACUGUAUCGCUUUGAAGGCGGAUUGUCUAAAGGUUGUUGGCUGUUCUGAAAGCAGAUUGAAGUAGACUCAAUAGCAGGGUCUAAUAGAGGCCUAUCUACGGUCAAGCACGGCUUGCGCUUACCAGAUGGUCCAAGUUCUUCACAUGGUGCCGAGUUCCACGGUGCGCUGUACCGUAUAACGCCGUGAUCCGAGGGGGAUGCAUAAAUGACUCACAAUGUAAGCCAUGUUUAUCGGCCCCCGCGAUACGGAGGGGAUUUCCGCCUUACAUUGGAUCGAUAUCACCCUGUGCGUAAAUGUUUUUCCUUCACCGAGAAACGUGUUUUUCUUCGCGGCUGUGGGAAAUGGACCUGUGUGGUGUACUGCUUGUUGAUCCAUUUGUGCGCCAGGGCCACGGGUUAAAAAAAGCGCUUGUUUUCCCCCCAAAGGUUUGGGACAUGAUAACGGUGGGAUUGAUGGUGCAAUGAUAAAUCCAUAUAAUUGAAUCGGAAGAACAUUAUUGCAUGAGGUACUGCACUGUUGCACUGUUGUCCAGAAGCAGUGUAGAUCAGCAGGGAGACACAUACGUGUCAACCUUUAUGCAGAGAGAAAAUUGCCACUUUUAAUUUCAAGCUAUGCAAAAGCUAUAGUUGAUCUUAUUGGCUGAAGACCGAAUGUUUCAAAAAUGGCAGUCGGUGAAUAUCAUUUUGCCUUCUUGGUCUUAUCAUAGAGCGAGGAAGCACAGCUCUAUGGCCUGAUCUUACAGGCUAUACACAGGUAAACCAUGCCGCGUUAUUAUUCCCGAUUGAAGCAUCGGAGGCUUUUGUGAUACACGCACAGAUUCAAAUUGAUGAGUGCAUGCACUUCCUUAAACACGGGAAAUGCAAGUCGUUGGCCGUUGUGGCUCAUGGGCUGAACGACUAGUGAUGGUCCAAUCAGCGAACUGCAAACUUUGGAAGCGCGUAAUUUGCGUAUGGACGAAUGCGGUGACCAUGGUGACGCAUCCACUGGUCAUUUUGCGAUGGACCCCGCCAAUUGCUGAUCAACACUGGGAUAACUAUUGUUGUAGGGAACCACUGCUCUUUGACAGUCGCUCGGUUACAGUACAAACCCAAUAGUUUCUGCCAUGAAAGGGUGUCAUUUGGAAUGUCCACUGAAACACUCGCUGAAUUAGAAGGCUGGGUCGGAAAUGUUACCAUAAACCAGCGAUAAGCACUAAACAUGGCCACAUUUCUUGAGAUCUGAACAUUUCAUGUUAGUCAGCGAAGGAGCUGUGAAGGCUCUAUACCUAGGCCUUCACGCAAGCGGUACUUGUUCCAACGCGCUCGGUGGCAUGAGCUGGUCACAUACCAUUCUGAAGUCGAAUACAGCUCGUUUGUAGCAUCGGUGACAGAAAUUCAUGUAGUUGCUUGUCAUUUUUGAUCGAUGACAGAGACUAUAGCACAAAAUGAAGCAUCUAUUUUCAACAGGAGCAGCACUGACAUUAUUAUGUUAAUGCCCAAUCUCGGUAUAUAGCAGUUUUGUUUCACGAGGGUUGGGGCUUUACUGUUGACAUGUUUACAGUUGUUUUCAUAACUGAAUUCCCUGCUAGGUUUGAGGGGAUGCACAUUUGGGCGGACUGUGGCUUGUGUUUCUCGACGCUGGACUUAGCCGCUGGUUUAAACACAGAGCUAUUAAACACCGCCCAUGGUUUAAAUAGGUAAGAAAUGUGUGAAGUAGUGGAUAUAUAAGUCGUUAAAGUGACGGGUCCCAGAAUUUCUGAGCUUGAUCGAUUCAAAGUAUAACUUGAAGAAAAAGCUGUUUUGAAAUGAUAUUAUUCAGAGUGCAUGUUGUGAUCGUAGAGAUAAUUGUUAUCGAUUUUAAUAUGCGCAACGAAAAGAAAUCUCAAUCUUGCUACAGGAGACGUUGCAUUACAGAGUCAGUUUGUGAGAGAAGAAGGUAAUUUCCUGAAUAUUACAUUUCCUUCGCUUGUAAUAUUGUACCCUUUUUCAGAACAGAGCUAAACAAAACAAUCGGUAGCAAUUCACUGCUUUGAUGGGCGUGUAAAUAAGUAGGCAAUUGCUACUUUUGCUCUUUUACAAGUAAACAUGUCUGUCAAUAAUCUAUAGUUUAAUUGAUAUUCUGGUAUAGUAUUUUACUCAUAGUGCACUCACAUUAUUUGUAUUAACAGAGACCAGUCACGAAGUCAGUGGCGAACAUUUUCACUAACCAUACUUUCAGCUUUAUUUUUUUCUAAUUCUAAUUUCAAAAGGUGAAGACAGCUUAUUUGAGAAGACUAAAAAGAAGGCAGUUACUUGAUCAUUUGACUAGGGACUUUAUAACUGUGAUUGGCAGUUUUCUUCGAGCCGCGUUGAAUUGUACAUAUAUAUGUCAUUAUGCUGAUUUGCACUCAUUUGCAUGAGACAGACAUUAAAUGUUACUUUGUAUUACAUA